AGCGCAUGGGCAACACAUGCUGUCACAAUGGAAAAAGGCCCGAGUGAUCAAUCGACAGACCCUCCACCUUACUCACAUGAGUUGAUCUCUGAGGGCUUGGUGAACCAGGCUUACACGCAGGAUGAGAAACCUCAAGAAGACAAACCAGAGGAGCCACCAAAGGAGGAGUCCACUGCAAAAACAAAGGGCAAAGGCCUGUUCAGAAAAAAGGAAAAAAAUCCAAAAAAGAAAAAGGAGCCAGUGAAAGCAGUUGGAUUUUUUCAACUGUUUCGGUAUGCCACCUGUGGGGAGGUGCUGCUUAUGCUGAUUGGCUUGCUGUGUUCAGCUGCUCAUGGCAUCGCUUUGCCUCUCAUGUGCGUGGUGUUUGGACAAAUGACUGACAACUUUGUGCAAAGUGGGCAGCAGUUUAAUAUAACAGGAAACUCAACCUUCAUCUCCAAUUUGAAGUGUUUGUCUGCUUCUCCUGAAAUAGGCAUUGAAGAUAAAAUGACUAAAAAUGCUUAUUACUUUGUUGGGAUCGGGGCUGCUGUUUUGCUCCUGGGCACGUUCCAGGUGAUGCUUUUCCUUCUGACUGCUGCAAAGCAAACAAAGAGGAUCCGGGAGAAGUACUUUCAUGCCAUCCUCCACCAGCAGAUGUCAUGGUUUGACACGCAUCCGAUCGGAGAACUGAACAUAAGACUUACAGAUGAUAUAAACACAAUCAACGAUGGCCUUGGGGACAAGAUCUGCGUCUUUGUCCAGUUCUUCUGCACAUUUAUUACUGGUUUCGUCAUUGGUUUUGUCUACGGCUGGAAGCUGACAUUGGUCAUUCUUUCAGUCAGUCCUUUGCUGGCGGGAUCAGCUGCUGUUUGGUCUAAAAUUCUUGCCAGUCUGACCAGUAAGGAACUGUCGGCAUACGCUAAAGCAGGAGCUGUAGCCGAAGAGAUUCUGGUCGCCAUCAGGACAGUUGUGGCAUUUAAUGGACAAAAAAAAGCAGUGGAAAAGUAUGAGAAAAACUUGAUAGAAGCAAAGAACUUUGGGAUAAAGAAAGCCAUUACUACUAAUGCGGCCAUGGGGCUGACACAGUUUAUUAUAUUUGGCACUUAUGCGCUGGCAUUUUGGUAUGGGACAAAACUGUCAGUGGACGAACCAGAGAAUUAUACCAUUGGAAGAGUCAUCACUGUUUUCUUCUCUGUGAUGAUUGGGGCAUUCUCUUUAGGUCAGGGAGCUCCAAACCUGGAGAGCAUUGCCAAGGCACGAGGUGCUGCCUAUGAAGUCUACAAAACCAUUGACAUGCCCCGCCCCAUUGACAGCAGUUCAAAAGAGGGUCACAAACCAGAUCGUGUGAAAGGAGAUAUUGAAUUCAAGAAUAUACACUUUAGCUAUCCCUCCAGAAAAGAUGUGAAGAUUCUACAGGGUGUGAGUCUCAAGGUCCCUCAUGGAAAGACUAUCGCUUUGGUCGGAGCCAGCGGUUGUGGGAAAAGCACAACGAUUCAGCUUCUGCAGCGUUUCUAUGACCCUGAUUCAGGAGAGGUCAUUCUGGAUGGUCAUGAUAUCCGUUCUCUGAAUGUGUGCUGGCUGAGGGAGAACAUGGGCAUUGUGAGUCAAGAGCCGGUUCUUUUUGGAACCACCAUAGCAGAGAAUAUACGCUACGGCCGUGAAAACGCCACAGAUGCAGACAUUGAACGAGCCAUCAAAGAGGCCAACGCCUACGAUUUCAUUUCCAGACUACCAGAUAAGCUAAACACUAUGGUUGGGGAGAGGGGUGCUCAGCUGAGCGGGGGGCAGAAGCAGAGGAUUGCUAUUGCUCGAGCUCUCGUCAAAAACCCCAAAAUCCUCCUGCUGGAUGAAGCCACGUCGGCCUUGGACACACAAAGUGAAUCCAUUGUUCAGGCUGCUUUAGACAAGGCAAGAGCUGGGCGCACAACCAUUGUUAUUGCACAUCGUCUGUCAACUAUACGUUCAGCAGAUAUAAUUGCUAGCUUCAGCGAUGGCAAAGUGGUGGAACAGGGCACUCACAGAGAACUCAUGGACAAGAAAGGAGUGUAUUAUUCUCUCGUAAUGCAACAGACAUCUGGGAGACCAAAUGAUGAUCUUGAUGCCAAUGAAGAUGAUAUUCAGAGUGUUUCUGAAGGCAAUACAGAUGAGGAAUCUUCUGACACAGAGGCUCCUGAGGGAACAAUGGAAAUUAAAAUGGAGAACGGAAACCUCAGAACAAGCUCAAGACGCCGCAGCGGCCACGAGAGGAGGUCUUCAAGAAAGAAGUCCUCCUCAAAGAGGAAGAGCAAGAAAUCCAAAGAGGACAAAAAGGAGGAAAAAGCUCUAGAAAUCCCUUUCACCAAAAUUCUGGCUUUGAACAAGCCGGAAUUGCCUUACUUGAUGGUGGGCACACUAGCCAGCCUUGUGGGUGGAGCUGUGUAUCCCUGUGUGGCCAUCCUGUUUGCCAAAAUCAUUGGUGUGUUUGCAGAGGUUGAUCCUGAAGUACAGCGACAGAAGACUAUGAUGUUUUCACUUUUGUUUCUGCUAACUGGAGCAGUGGCAUUUAUUACCUAUUUCUUCCAGGGCUUCAUGUUUGGUAAAUCUGGGGAGCUUCUAACCAUGAGGUUGAGAAGUCAGGCUUUCAAUGCCAUGAUGAGACAGGAGAUUGCCUGGUUUGAUGACAACAACAAUGCAGUGGGAGUCCUGACCACUAAAUUAGCCACAGAUGCGUCUCUGGUUAAAGGGGCAGCAGGAUCCAGAUUAGGACUGGCCACAAACACUAUCUGUGCUCUUUUGAUUGCCGUCAUUGUAGCCUUUUUCCAUAGCUGGCAACUUACCUUGCUCAUCCUUGCCUGUGUGCCCUUCCUCACAGGGGCAAACUUCAUACAAAUGAGAGCCAUGUCAGGACAUGCCUCCAAAGAUCAGAGUGCACUAGAGAUGUCUGGCAAGAUAUCCACAGAAACUGUCGAGAACUUCAAGACAGUUGUUGCAUUAACACGUGAAGAAGUCUUCUUCCACAAGUUUAUUGACAGCCUAAGUGACCCAUACCGAUCUAGUCUGUGCAAAGCACCCAUCUAUGGAAUGACCUUUGCCCUUGCCCAAGCGAUUCCCUACCUAGUCAAUGCUGCCAUCUUCCGCUUUGGAGCCUGGCUCAUUGCACACUGUUACACAGAAUUUGAAAAUGUUUUCCUGGUGUUUUCUGUGAUCGUAUUUGCUGCUAUGAACAUUGGUCAGUCCUCAUCAUUCGCCCCUGACUUUGCCAAAGCUAAAGCAGCGGCUGGGAGGAUCUUAAUGCUGCUAGACAAAAAACCAGCCAUUGACAUCUAUGAUGAGUCAGGAGACAAACCAUCAUACUUUACAGGCAAUAUAGAAUUCCGUGAGGUGCAGUUCUCUUACCCAACCCGUCAGAACGUGAAAGUUCUGCAGGGUCUGAAUGUAUCAGUAACGCAGGGACAGACACUUGCUCUGGUGGGCAGCAGUGGUUGUGGGAAAAGCACAAGCAUUCAGCUUCUAGAGCGUUUCUAUGACACUGCUGCAGGCCAUGUGUUAGUAGACGGGACUGACACGAGGAAGCUAAACCUGGCAUGGUUGCGCACCCAGCUUGGGCUAGUGUCUCAGGAGCCUAUCCUUUUUGAUUGUACUAUUGCGGAGAACAUUCAGUAUGGGGACAACAGCCGUGUCGUCACCCAGGAGGAGAUUGAGGAAGCUUCAAAAAAGGCCAACAUACAUAACUUCAUCAUUAGCCUUCCAGAGAAAUACAACACUCGAGUAGGAGAUAAAGGCACUCAGAUGUCGGGGGGACAGAAGCAGAGGAUAGCCAUUGCUCGAGCGCUGGUCCGUAAGCCCAAAGUCCUGCUGCUGGACGAGGCCACAUCAGCACUCGACACAGAGAGUGAGAAGAUUGUUCAGAAGGCCCUUGAUGAUGCUCGUCUUGGCCGUACUUGUAUUGUCAUUGCCCACCGCUUGUCCACUAUUCAGAAUGCUGAUGUCAUAGCGGUCAUUCAGAAUGGCAGGGUGACCGAGCAGGGGACACAUGCCCAACUAAUGGCUAAACAAGGGGCUUACUAUGCACUGGUGAAUGCCCAAAUAUCUGCUCACUAACUUUAAUAAAUGUCUUUGAAUGUCUUAAAUGAAGGCCUGUACCAAAGAGAUAAAUACUAUCUUUAAAAUGGCACAGUUAUUAUUUUACAUUGAAUAUUUUUAUUCUCCCUUUUUUCUGGGUCACAAAAUAUUCAGUUUGUUUUAGAAAUAAAUCUAGCUGCCUAAUCAUGAGAUAGUUGUAAUAACCUCUCGCCAUUUCUGCAGAUAGUGGGUAGGAACAUUUACUUAUUUGAACAACAACAACUAUGUUUAGCUGUAAUAUUUAAAUGUACAUAACUCUCUUUUUAACAAAUGUAAAUGCUUUGUGGUCUGUAGUUAUCAGCAGAUGGUAAUAGCAUGGUGACUCACUCUACUUAAAGGAUUCUAAUGUAAAAUGGGGGAAAAGGUUCUUUGUUUCCAUUAAAAGUUUGAAAGCUACCAUUUGUUUUACUUUGUUACAGCUCAAUUGAAGGGUACUAUAAUUAUAAAAAAAUGAAAAUAAUGUUGUAUAUCUUUAGAUGUAUUAUCCUCUAUUUUUAUUUACAUACAUUGUUUAUUGUUUGUAUUGUAAAUAUUAUACCUAGUGUUAUUUUAUUGUACAUAAAAAAUAAUGUUCAGUAAAACUCCCUUUGGAGUUCACUUUUUCUAAAAUGUCUCUGCUUUAAAAGGCAAACCCUUUUUAAGGUCCCUUUAUGUUUUGCAUUUUUCAUUUUCUUUAUCUUUUAUCUUUAUUUUCCCUUUUUUUUUUUUUUACAAAUUUGUUCAGAGUUUGUACAAUUGAACCCUUGAAAUGUGAAUGUUGAUUUUCUAUGCAUUUCGCAAGUGUUUGGUUUUCAUGACCCACAUGGUUUCAGCCUCCAGCUACAUUUUGAGCCUUUUUCUACAUGGUAGUAGGCCUACUGACAACGUUAUUGGAUUAUAUCUGAUAAUGUUAUAAAAUCACUUCAUUUUUAAAGUUCGCUUUCGAUUGUUAUCUGUCCUUAUAAAGCAAUCGACGUGUUUGCACGAAGCACUUUUUAAGUUGGAAUUUGAUAUCAAUGCCAAAUGGUUCACUGUGGCUGAAUUUAUGUUGAUUUAAUUAAGUGGCUUAAAUUAGAGUCAAUUCCUCAUAAACAAUGUGAAAUAAACCCUCACUACAUGUGAAAGCAUAGGGCAGACUGACCGAGUACAGAGUACUCUUUGUAAAAAAAGCAAACAAAAAAAACCCCACCUAAAUUACUCCUAUGUUCCUAUAUGAAAGCACGUUAGGAAAAUUUGGUCUUGUUGUAUAGGCCUUAACACUGAUUGUUUUACCUUCUAACGCAAGUUUGAACUGCCAUUAUUAGUGAGCACAUUCACAUUAGCAUCCUCUUACUGAGUGAGAAAUUUGAAGGAUAUUAAUUUAUGCAAAAUUAUUAGAGAACAUUUGUUUUGUGUGUGUGUGUGUGUGUGUGUGUGUGUGUGUGUGUGUGUACAUUUAGAAUUUUCAUCUCUUUGUUUCAUUGUAAAUAAAUCAUUAUUUCUGACUUACCAU